AUGCACACCUGGACGACUGAUUAUGGCGCCUUUCCCGGAUGCGCUUCUGAACCAUAUGACCUGACCCCCGAAAGUAAGAAAUUGCGAAGAUUCAUUAUCCAAUACUUUAUGGAUAAUCAACAUGGCCCCAAUAUCCACACCAUCCAGCAGGAACUCGGAUUCUCUCAGGAAACUUUGUGGCACUCGAUUGAUCAACUACACAUUGGAGUUCAGGUCAUGGUCACACCAGGGACUGAACUAAGCUUGAUGAAGAUGCCUCCUUUCAGCUACGUGCCCACUCGCCACGAGGGCACUCUUGAUGAUGGUAGGAAGUAUAACCUCGGGUGUGGAGGAGAAGCUGCCGCCGCUCAUAAGCUUUUUCCUGGCAAAGAGAUGACAGUCAAGUCACUGUGCCCCUGCUGCUGGGAGCCUAUUACCCAUAAGUGGAAAGAUGGGCAGCUUCUCUCUGUCGAUGCCCCAAAUGCGGUGAUUCAUAUUGGACGAAAGCCCACUGAUUGGUCUAAAAAUUUCGUCUACACAUGUGAGAAUAUCAACUAUUUCAAAGACCUCGAACACGUCGCCAUCUGGGAGAAACAGUUUCCUGAAAAGAAGGGCGCGACGAUGCCAAUUGCGAAAGUAUAUGAGUGGGUCAAACCUCAGGCCGAGGCGCGAUAUUGGGAUUACGAUCAGCCGCCGGACGUUGUCAGUAGUAAGAGUCUCGUAUCUACAAGCCUGCAAGGAUUGAAGAAGGCUGGAUUCGAUGUUUCAGCUUGGGAAGGAUUGUAUUAG